AUGGACUGUGUCGGUGCCUUCAUCACACAACUACCAACAACUUCCACCGAGUCUUUAGGUUGGGUUGGCUCCAGGGACAUAACAGAGAGCGGCUGAAGCCUUGAAGGGGGAUUAUCAAGAAGGGAGGAGAAAGAGAGAGAUAGGGCGGGAGAAGGAGGACGACCAUGGCGAUGCCAGACGUUGGUUGGGCGAUUGCUUCGAUCCGCGGAGAGGCCAUUGGAAAUGAUGAUGGACCGCUGCUGCCGCCGGCGCCAGCAAAGGCUCCAGAAGAAUCAGUUGAAUCGGCCGAAGGAGUGAAGAGCAGGAAUGAGAGCGGAAGGAGAGGCGGAAGGGGUAGAGAUGAUCGCGGGACGAAUAUCGAAGAGAAAGGAAAUGAGGGAAACAAGGUCAAGACUGGCGAUGAGGUAGUGCGCAUGCAACGGCAGGCCAACGACGGACGGAGCUCGGGACAGGAGAGGAGCGAACCCAAGGUCAAGGCAAGACUCGAUGCCAUCGAGACCGAGAUUCACUCUAGGGAGGAACGAUAUGCACGAGAGCGUUCACAAUGCGAGUCAUGGCGUGGUGACCUCAUGGCAAACGGCCAGCUGUCCGCUGAGGAGCUUCUAGGGCGUCAGAUUAAGGGCUUGUGGAUUUCGACAAGACCGAGCGAAAGAAACCUCCGUAUGCGCGCAAGCAUUGUCAAAGACGUCGAGAGGUGGCUCAGCACUCGGUAUACCUGGGAGGGCUGCGGGCUACAGGUAGAGGCAUUUGGGUCGACAAAGACGGGGUUGCUAGAGGAGGACUCUGACAUGGACCUCGUCCUGAAAGAUCCAACGAGGCCACUGGGUGUCGGUACGCCAAAGAAGGACUACGUUCCUCUUGCGCCUGGACUUCGACCUGGCCGCCUCGAAAAUCCUACUAUUGCAGGCGAGAAUGCUCCAAAUUGGAACAGCGUUGCACAUGUGGCGAGGAGACUCAUGAGCUCGAGGUACUACGUAAAUGUGCUCCCCGUCACGAGGGCAAAGGUCCCAAUCGUCAAGUUCACACACGGACCAUCGGGUCUCGUCAUGGAUCUCAACAUCAAUGAUCGCUUUGGCGAGGCCAACUCGCGAUUGAUAGCCGCCUAUGCGAAUGUCCGUCCAGAACUUGUGCGACCGCUACUCUUCGCUGUCAAGCGUUGGUUUGCCAGACGUGGUCUCAAUAACCCCAGCCCUGACCGAGGACAUCGAAGUCUCAACAGCUACACCAUCUGCCUGAUUGCUCUGCAGUUCCUCCAGCUAAGGGGUUUUGUGCCAAAUCUCCAGUCACCCUCUCUGCUGGCCGAACUUGACAUGCCAAAAGAGGUCCUCUGGCAGCGUGUACAACUGGCCAGCGAUAGAGGCAGAGAUCGUCGGAGAGCCAAGAGGGCGCAGGCAGAAGCCAAAGGCGGAGAUAUGCACAUCGGCAGAACCGGAUCUGAUGAAAAGGGGCAGGAGUUCGAGCCCCGCAGCGACAGCGCCGCAACCACCACCACUGCUGAGGAAAGUGCCGUGCCAGACGAAACCGCCACUGAUCUGGUCGAUUCACCAAUUGACGACAUCAUCGAGCUCGGCAUUACAGUCGACCCGGACACAGGGGCGCGAGGAUUCGACACCACCUUUGCGACUCUUUCGACCGAGCAACAGAUCGAGACUGCUGCAAGGAUUUCUCAAAGCAAGGUGCAUGAGACUCCAUUCGAUCCGAAGCGCGGCACCAACUUCAACCUCGAAGAGCAGCUCGGCUCGCUGCUGCGUGAUUUCUUCGAAUGGCUUGCUGAUUUCGACUUUAAUCGAUACGGCUUCAGCCUCAAACACGGAGAGCCCUUUCUUCUUCAGAGAGCGCUCACAGGCGACGAAGGACAUAGUUUCAAGCAGCCGCACCAUUGGCAAGAUGAGCCAAUCGUGUGUCAGGACCCGUUCAUCGUUGAUCGGAACACGGCAGGAGGCGUCGUUGAAGAGAUCAAGGGCAUCAUUGUCAGCGAAGUCAACCAAGCAUUCAAGUCCCUCGCAGGACCGAAAGCUGACUUCCCCUUGCUGUGCGAUCUAUGUGCCGAUAAGGUGCUUGCUGAUCUCAGGAUGGAGCAACAAUCGCUCCGAAGCAAGCAUCAAGACGCCACAAGGAAAGUGGACGUCGGCAUGCCCAGAGGUGCUCCAAAAGGCCCUAGGGCACGAGCAAAAGAGCACGCCAAGGGUGCCAAAGACCAAGGCGGGAAGAAAGACGGGGAAAAGUUCUCCACAACUACCGCAAAAGAACCCGCACCGGAAGCAGGGAAGCAGCAAAAGGCACGCCAAGAGAGGGGUGCGAAGGCUGAGCAAGAGACAGAAAAGGGAAGCUUUGACGGCAAGGGCCACCGAAAAGCCAGAGAGAAGGGCGCCUCCCGUGUUCCACAGAGAGCGAAGGGCAGGGGCCGAGGCAAGCAAGGUGGGAAGGCGAACGAGAGCGUUAGAGGCUCCGGUGAAUCGCCACAAGCGCAGGACCAUGUUCAUCAAGAAGAACGCAUGUAGUAGUAGUUGCUGUAAAGGGGUGUUGGACUUGUUCAAUAAGAAGCAAAGACGCGCCA